CAGAAACAUUCUUUGAGUACAUGGCUUUAUGAUAUUUUAUUACUCACCAUAAACUAUUCAUAAGCUUUUAUUAUACAAUAUGAAAAUAUUCGAUCUUGUUAAUAUGUAAUUAUUUGUAGAAGUAAAUAUUUAAGGUUCAUGAAGUCAAACGAAUUAUUAGUAUAUUAAGAAUAAUGUCUAGAACUCCUUGUAAGACUUACAAAAGACCAUUUACAGUUUGUGUAGAAGGUAAUAUUGGAUGUGGGAAAACUACCUUUUUAAAUCAUUUCAAAAGUUAUGAUAAUACAGUUGCUUUACAAGAACCAGUUGAAUUAUGGCGCGAUGUUGCAGGAGUAAACCUAUUAGAACUUAUGUAUAAGGAUCCAAAGCGUUAUGCUUUCAUAUUCCAAUCUAAUGUACAAUUAACAAUGCUUCAAUUGCAUACUUAUAAGACACAGUUACCUUACAAAGUCAUGGAGAGAUCAGUUUACUCUGCAAGGUUAUUUAUAGAAAAUAUGAAACGUAAUAAAAUAUUACAAGACGUUGAAGUUGUAGUAUUAGAAGAAUGGUUUGACUGGUGUAUAAAAAAUGCUAACAUAGAAACGGAUUUAAUAAUAUAUUUAAGAACCAGCCCAGAAAUUGUUUACCAAAGAAUGCGUAUAAGAGCUCGUAAGGAGGAAAAUUUGGUGUCAUUAGAAUACCUGAAACGUAUUCAUGAAAUACAUGAUGAAUGGCUACUAUACCAAAGCUUGUUCUCUUUGCCAGCACCAGUUAUUAUAUUAGAUGGAAAUAAGAGUAUUGAAGAGAUGGUAGUUGAAUUUGAAAAAUGCAAAAAUAAAAUUUUUACUCAACGAAAAGAAGGGGAAAGUUAAAUAAUAAGUGCAACUACCGCGCCCACAUGUUAAAAAAAGUAAAAACAGUAGAUAUAUAAAUAAAAUAUAAGUAUUCUA